AUGUCCUCGAAAGAGAAUACAACAUUCCAAAUCCACUACUUCGCCUCCGCAUCCACCUACACAGGCAAACAAACCGAACGUCUCCCCGCCCCCUUACCGCUGCCGAGACUCUUCGAUACCCUUGAGUCCAUGUACCCGGGGAUCAAAGAGAAGGUGUUGAGUAGUUGUGGGGUGAGUUUGGGGGAUGAGUAUGUGGAUGUUGAGGCUGAUGGGGAGGGGGAUGGGGAGGUGGUGGUUAUUAAGCCUGGGGAUGAGGUUGCGGUGAUUCCGCCGGUUAGUUCGGGGUGA